CACGGCUUCAGUUCUUGAUCUGCGGCCGAGUCACAAGCAACCCACCCAUUCGCCAUUAUGUCAGCUAGGACUUAUGCCUUGGGCCUCCUUUGCCUCUUGGUUUUUCUUCAAGGAAGCUUUACAGCCCAAGCCCAGGCUGGCGAUUAUGUGGAACUGUGUAAUUUGACCGAAAGCAUCGCUGUGGAUCUUAGUUUGUUCUCUGGCAUUUGGUGGGAGGUGGCUCGUCAGCCGGCUGGAGGCGACUUUUGCACUGAGGUAAACAUAACAGUGCUGGCAAAUGAAACCCAGGAUAAUGUCCUGAUCGACACCACCUACGCCGUAUCUCCCGAUUACCCAUGGGUGAAUCAAACCAUGAAUGCCACCCUCACCGUGGUGAAUAAUUCCGCGGCCGUGGAUGGCUUUAAUUUUACCUACUGGAAUCCUCCUGGCUACACCCCUUAUGCUGUGUACAAGGUUCUCUACACUGACUACUCCGAUGUGACCCUACUUUGUGGCUAUACAAAUCAGACCGAUAACAGCACCUCCUUCGGCAUUAUCCUCACCAGGGAUCGUACCCCCACCACCGAUGCUUUGAAUAAACUAGAGAGCAUGGCUUUUGGUCUGUCGUCGAACUUUUUGAAUGGCACCAUGUCGACGAUAACUCAGGGAGAAACAUGCUAUGCACCAUCCGCAGCCAACCCGUCUGCCAUUAUCUCUAUGAUGUUGAUUGCCAUGGCCUUGAUUCUGGCCAUUUUUGCUGACCGUCAAAUAAAUUAG